UCCGGAUAUGAGCGUCACUCAAUCAGCAUCAAGCGCAACAGCAGCCGCUCUGGGAAAUGCCCACAGAAUAUCCAAACUGUCCGACGGACUUUGAUGCGAGUGAGAUGAUCUUCCUAUAAAUUGCGUACAGUCGCCUUCACUUCACCGGCGAUGUAACUUCUAGUGCUGUGAAAUAAUUAUGUAAGAGAACAAACCGGAUUGCUUGUACCUGCGAUAUCCCAAGGACAUAAUGUUUUCGGCUGUCCCUCGAACGGGAUAUGUGGUCUUUUGCGUGAUUUUAGUCCUGACUUGUUCCCUGUACCCUGUGCUGAAGACACUGUGUGUUCAGAUCCACUCUGCUGUCACAGGAAGCUAUGUGGCUGGAUAUCACUCUGUGCUGCUUGUCAACUGUCCCACAGAACAAACUGCUAGAGACAUUGGCAGGAGCAUCAUGGAAAAAAGGCUGGCAGCAUGCGUGAAUAUAUUUCCUCGCACUACCACUAUAGCUGUGCAUCCCUAUGACAUUCCAGAAAUAAUCAGUUUUCCUAUUGAUGAUGGAAGCCAGCAUUACUUGAAGUGGAUGGAAGAUGCAGUCACUGAUAUCUGACACAUCAGUGUCUGCAAUCCAGUGGAGUGGGAACAUGAGCACAAAUUCUCAGGUUAAUGGGAACCCUGGCCCACACAAUGAAUGUCUGUUAAUAUAAAGAUCAGCGUAUAGAUUUACUGGAUGAAUGUGUGGAAAGGGAUUUGUCUGAUGUGUUUUUACCAGUACUAUUACAUUUAUGCAUAUAGCAGAUGCUUUUAUCCAAAGUGGCUUACAAUAGGGGAACAAAACCAGCAAUAUUUAUAGUAGACAAUGCCAGGGUUAUUAGAUAGCUAGAUUUGGAAGCAAGCAAGCAAAGCAGAAGACAAUUGCAGACAAGAAAAAUAUUUAUUUUAUAAUUUGUUUUUUAUAA